UUUUCUGCCGACGAUGCAGGAAUGACACCCAUAAUGACUGCUGCAGAGCGAAGCAGGGGAUUUAUCAUAGAUUAUCUAAUUGAGAGACCUGAAAUAUCUAUAGAAGAGAGAAUUGAAGCUUUAGAAUUACUUGGCGCCUCAUAUGCGAACGAUAAAGAAAAUUAUGAUUUGUCAAAGGCCUACAUGUAUAUGCAUAAAUCUAUGGAGCUAAGGUAUAGUGAUCCAGAUAAUCCUAUUAAGAAAAAACUGAUUCAGCCCAUACCAGCAUAUGAGAAUUGGGUAGAGUGCCAGACAUUAUCAGAAUUAGAAGCUAUCAAACGUAACAGUAACGGCCUUCAUAUGGAAGCACUCACUAUCAGAGAGCGUGUCCUAGGAUCCUCAAAUCCUGAAGUUCCUCAACCUAUUAUCUACAGGGGAGCGAUUUUUGCAGAUAAUGCUAGAUUCGAUAGGUGUUUAGAACUGUGGCUUCAUGCAUUGAAACUGAGGCAGAAGAAUUAUGUAUCAGUAUCAAAAGAUCUUCUACGGUUUGCACAAGUCUUCUCCCAAAUGUUGCAUAUUGGCACCAAGGUAUCCCAUAGCCAUGUGAUAGAGGUACUAGGCUGGAGCAAUUCUGGAGUUAGAGAGGAACAAAUCAAAACUGACUAAGCCUGGAUCAAAGGACGACCCAGAAACAGUAAUGGAUGACAUAGAGAGCAACUGGAUAUCCACCCUGUAUCUGUUAACUAUUCUCAC